GGGAAGCCAACAGUUAGUGAACACCUCUAGGGCUUUUCCUUCUGCUGCUGCAACUCCCUACGCUGCUGCACCGUCGUAGCUGCCGCCCAGCCAGAUGAUUGGGGUCCUGCUCCUCCUUCUUCCCUUUCUCCUGUACAUCGCUGCACCCCGAAUCAGGAAAAUGCUAUCCAGUGGGGUGUGUACAUCCACCAUCCAGCUUCCUGGGAAGGUAGCUGUGGUCACUGGUGCCAACACAGGCAUCGGGAAAGAGACAGCCAGAGAGCUGGCUCAAAGAGGAGCCCGCGUAUAUAUAGCUUGCCGGGAUGUCCAAAAGGGGGAAUUGGUGGCCAGAGAGAUCCAGACCAUGACAGGGAACCAACAGGUGCUGGUGCGGAAACUGGACUUGGCUGAUACUAACUCUAUUCGAGCCUUUGCUAAGGACUUCUUAGCAGAAGAAAAGCAUCUCCACAUUUUGAUCAACAACGCAGGAGUGAUGAUGUGUCCCUACUCUAAGACAGCAGACGGCUUUGAGAUGCACAUAGGAGUCAACCACUUGGGUCACUUCCUCCUGACCCAUCUGCUGCUGGAGAAGCUGAAGGAGUCAGCCCCAUCGAGGGUAGUGAAUGUGUCUUCCUUAGCACAUCACCUGGGAAGGAUUAAUUUCCAUAACCUCCAGGGCCAGAAAUUCUACAGUGCAGGUCUGGCCUACUGUCAUAGCAAGUUAGCCAACAUUCUCUUCACCCAGGAACUAGCCCGGAGGCUAAAAGGCUCUGGCGUUACGACAUAUUCUGUACACCCCGGCACAGUCAAAUCCGAAUUGGUGCGGCACUCCUGUUUCAUGAGAUGGAUGUGGCGGCUUUUCUCCUUCUUCAUCAAGACCCCUCAGCAGGGAGCCCAGACCAGCCUGUACUGUGCCUUAACAGAAGGGCUUGAGAGUCUAAGUGGGAAUCACUUCAGUGACUGCCAUGUGACAUGGGUCUCUGCCCAAGCUCGUAAUGAGACGAUAGCAAGGCGGCUAUGGGAUGUCAGCUGUGACCUGCUUGGCAUCCCUGUGGAUUGACAGGUGGUGGCAUUUGGACGACUCAGUACUCCCCGCCAAAAUGAUUCUCCUUCAGGAUGGACAAAAUCUUGAGCACAAAGAGAACAACCUUCCAGCCUUACCAGCUUGAUGUCCAGUAAAAGCCAGGGUGCACUGCCAGAUUCAUUGAAACACCUUGCACAAAGUCCAGAUACACUUUGGUCCUGUUAUUGCCAGAGUUACUAGAGAUAUCAUAGGAUAAGCAGACCUUCAUAUGACCUGCAAACUCGUAUUUUCCUUCUGAAACCUACUACCUAGGAGAACCGAAGCUAUAGCAGGGUUGAUUUGAGGCAGUCUGGACUAGUUUCUGCCCUUUUUGUUCACAUUGAAGUUCCUUUCAACCAACCAACCUUCACUUGAAGAGGGCCACGACACAGCCACAGCUGAACUCCAGGAGUUACAGUGGCUUGGCUCAAGAGUAGGGCUUGUCCCUCACCACUAAGAAAACCAUCAUGGCGCCAACAUCUGGAUUCUUUCAGGAAAUUUAACUGAUUCUGGACUGUGGCACAGCUUUCUCAACCUAAAGCCACUGCUAAGACAUUUUCCCAUGCCUUUUCUAAGCAGUUUGUGGAGUUUGUAGGAUGGCAGAAAUUUGGGGGAAGGGAGAAAUAAAAAUCAAAUUUAAACCAUCA